UAUAUGAAGCACUCUCCUAUUCCGCCACCCCCACUGCCACUUUCCACGGCGGUGCAUGAUUCCCGGUGGAGGUGCUCCACCACCUACAUAUCCAUACACAAUCCCAAUUACAAUAUUUAUAAAUCUUUAAAGGGAUAAUGGGUCAGGGGCUGAGUUGCAGGACCAGUGAGGAGCAGGCGCUGUUCAGUGCUGUGCAGUUGGGGGAUUUUGAGACCGUUGAGGCUGUUUUGGAAAGGGAACCAACUCUUAUUAAUCGCUCUACAGUGUAUGAUCGCCACUCUGCUUUGCAUAUCGCUGCAGCUAAUGGCCAAAUCGAGAUUCUUUCUAUGCUUUUGGACCGAUCUGUCAAUCCCGAUUUAUUGAAUCGCCACAAGCAGACUCCAUUGAUGUUGGCUGCAAUGCAUGGAAAGAUCUCCUGUGUGAAAAAACUCAUUGAAGCUGGGGCAAAUAUUUUAAUGUUUGAUUCACUAAAUGGAAGGACCUGCUUGCACUAUGCUGCCUACUAUGGUCAUUCUGAUUGCCUUCAAGCUAUUCUUAUGACUGCUCGCACCUCCCAGGUUUCUAUUUCUUGGGGAUAUGCUCGUUUUGUGAAUAUUAGAGAUGGCAAAGGAGCAACCCCUCUGCACUUGGCUGCCCGUCAAAGACGGCCUGAAUGUGUUCAUAUAUUACUAGACAAUAGCUCUCUUGUCUGUGCUUCAACCAGUGGAUAUGGCUUUCCAGGCAGCACUGCCCUUCAUUUGGCUGCAAGAGGUGGUUCUCUUGAUUGCAUCCGCGAAUUGUUGGCUUGGGGUGCUGAUCGACUUCAAAGAGAUGCAUCAGGGAGAAUACCUUAUGUAGUGGCUCUACGGCAUCACCAUGGAGCAUGUGCAGCUUUGCUGAAUCCUUCUUCCGCAGAGCCUCUUGUCUGGCCGUGGCCUUUGAAGUUCAUAAGCGAGCUUAAUCAGGAGGCAAAAGCUCUGUUGGAACGUGCCUUAAUGGAGGCUAACAGAGAGAGGGAAAAGGCCGUCCUAAAAGGAACAGUUUAUUCACUAUCAUCUCCCUCGCAUUCUGAAUCUGGGCUUGAUGACAAUGUAUCUGAGGCUAGUGAUACAGAUCUUUGCUGCAUAUGUUUUGAUCAAGUAUGUACAAUUGAGGUUCAAGAAUGUGGCCACCAAAUGUGCGCACAAUGCACAGUGGCCUUGUGCUGCCAUAACAAGCCCAGCCCAACAACGGCAUGUCCUUCCAUACUAGUUUGCCCAUUUUGCAGAAGUAACAUUAUUCAGCUGAUUGUUGCCAAGGUUAAACACGACAGUGAAACCGACCAUGACGUCAACUCCUCAAAGCCGAGAAGGUCUAGAAGGUCCCGGAACUUCAGUGAGGGCAGUAGCAGUUUCAAGGGUUUAUCGACAGUAGGCUCGUUUGGGAAAAUGGGCUGUGGCUCGGGCAGAAUUGCUGCUGAAAAUGAAUUUCUUGAUAAGCCAGAGCCUUGAUACAUAGUCCACAUUUGCAUCAAGAAUUUGUAGAUUUGGGAAAUAAGCAAAUGCAAGUAUAUUAUUUGUGUGGUUGGUUUCACUAGUAUUACGUCGACUUAAGAAGAUUAGAGUUUUUCAAUAGGAAGAAUUCUUUUUCGGUUUUUAUUAAGAUUUAAAUAUUCUUAAUUGUGUGGUGGUACCUUGUAAAGUAAACAUGAGAUCGAAGCAAGUGAUGCAACAAGUUUGAUCCCACCUAAUGUUUGUAUUAUUGUAUUCAAUGUUGUUCCUUGUAAGAAACAAGUGAGAAAAAAUAAAAACCAAUAAUUUGGGAGAAGAUUGGAAUUGUUCAA